UUACAUCAAAACAUGCGCAAACUCAGGUGUAAAAACCACCUGUAUGAUCCUAAAAUAAAAAUUACUUUCACAUUCAGCAGCUAAGAGUAGAGUAGAGCCCCGAAGUCAAUGACCAUAGCAGAAAUAUGUUGCUUUUUACAGUUUUGUGUCAAGUCUGUAACCGUUGUAUAUCGUUGAGGAAUGCCAGAUCUUACAAUACUUUUUAUUUUCGACUUUUGCGGUGCAAUUCCGUAUAAACCUGUGUGAUUUUUAUUAUUUUGUGACUUUAAUUUGUAUAAAAUGAGUGUCAACGUUGCAGCAGAAGAAAAGAUUCACCGAAAAAUGCAUGAAUUGUUUAUGCAAGUUUUAAAAAACCGGGAUCUCUCCCGAGCCGGGGAUCUUUUUUCUGUUCCUGAUUCUGUUAUAACUAAUGAUUUGUCCAAUGUGCUAAAAGAAAUAACAGUUAUUGCUUCUUUACCAGACUAUGUCAAUAAUGAUAAUGAUCAGAGCGUUGUAGAGAUAUGCGUAACAAGGGUGACUUCUUGUAUAAGGGAAACAGGCACUGUUGAACAACACUGUGAGGCUCUUGUCAAUUUGCUUGAAUCUUGCCUACAUCACAAUCUACAGGCAUCAGCCAGAGAUGAAGAUACUCCUCACGCCAAGAUAUCUUCGGAUAUCAUUUCAUGCAUAUUUUUGAAUUAUAGUAAAAAGUCUGUAAUGCAACGAGCACUUCCAGUAGCUGUGAAGUUUUUGCAUAAGGGCAAUAAGGAACUGUCAAGAAAUAUGGCUUCUUACCUAUCGUUGGCAGCUAUGGAACACGCUUCCUUACUCACACCUCAUGUGCAGCCAAUUAUGGAUUCUAUCAUAUCAGGAAACUAUCCUCUAUGUAGGGUUCUACCUAACAUAUAUGAAGUUUCUCGAGAACCCUUUCAAGGUCAUGCCAUGGCUUUGGUCUCUCUCCUUCCUCACUGUGAUAAUCAAGAAAAAUUAGCUUUGUUAAAUUUAUUUACAUUAAUGGCGAAAGAUAACCCUACAUUAUUAGAAGCAAGCGUUCCACAGUUGUGCGAAUAUCUCAGCAGUCCAGUAACUGUAGGUCCUACUCUUGAAGUAUUUGUACAUAUGGCAGAACGAAUGCCGGGAUUAUUAGUUGACCACAUCAAUGCUGUCAAACAUUCUGCUCAAAAGUAUCCACAAACUGUAUGUUCGGCAGCUCAGAUUAUAAGUUCAGUCGGAAAAUUGAGCAAGGAUCGAGCACAGGACGCUUUAAAUUUUGUACUUGAAUACUUACCUAAAGCUGAUAGAAGUUCUCAAACUAUAUUAUUAAGAGAGGCAACUCUAUUGUGCAGCUCAUAUCCAGUACUGUUUACGGAUAAGGUCCUGUUGGGAAUUCGACAUAGACAUCACACCAGCACAAAUCAAAUUAGUCAGGGUUCAACACCCACAACUCAGAGCCAAGUGACAUCCGGGGGAGUGACCAUCGUGAAAGUUGGAGGAGUUCAUACGACGACCCCGACACCUAAUGCCGGAUAUACGCGUAGGGCCAAAUUAGGUGACUCCAGGAGUACGGGAAGAUUACAUACGGCUCCAAGUAUUAAUACACACAGGAGUAUGACGAAACUUAAUAUAGCUGGAGGUUCAGUGGGCGGCCUUCAUAAAAGUAUGACUGGUUUGAGUUCUUCUCAGCACAUCAACGCAACACCCGUCCCACCACUCUCAAGCAACGUUACAGUGACUGGUGUUAGUAAAUGGACUGGACCUAAUGUCAGAGUAUCUAGUGGUGGAGUGACUGUUACCACUAUUUCACCUCCUAGAAUACAGAGGCCUUUAAGCCAAGGCCCUUUGGCUUUUAUUGGAAAUCACACAAGUCAGGUCUCCAAUGCCCCCAUAGUCUUGACUUCGCCAUCGCUUCAUUCCACGAAUGCAGUGGUUGUCAGUUCUGGUUUUACGGGGCCGAUCUCCAGCGGACAGGUAUCUGUAGUAACCAGUGGUAUAGGUAGUUCGAUAGCCCAAACUAUUCCAAUUGGAAACAGCAUUGUACAUACGCCACCACCGAUGCCAGCUACUGAACACGCCAUUUCCAAUAAUGUUGCAAUUUCAGGCAAUGUCAAUGUAAGUGGACCCACUACGGUAAUAUCACGUCGUAACAAUACCAGUGUCACUCUAAUAAAUCAAAACUCAGUGGCCAAUCAACGUAUGAGCGUCUUCGAACCUUAUCCAAUGAGAGACACCAUCCAGCACUUCUGUGAGAAACAUCUGGACAAAAUCAAAAGCUACAUGGAGAAAGUGUCGAUAAGAAUACCCUCUCCCGCGAAAUGUACCAUAGAAGAGAAGAGACAGAAAAAGUCUGCUAAGUUACAUUUUGCAUGUCAAGCUAGAGGACAGCACUGCCUAUAUUCGAAAACUUAUUUUACUAUGAGAACUAGGAAUCCUAGAAUUUGGAUACAUCUGAUGUUUAUAUCUUUACAAGCUCGUCAUUCCCAUGCUUUAAGUUCUCGAGACGCUCAAGUAGCCUCCCUUAAGCACUGUUGGGAUAUUCUAAAAUGUGAAAAUAAAACCUUUCUUACCGUAGUGACCAGCGCAUUUCCUUGCACCAAGGACCAAGACUCGAUACUUAACGAAUUACGUCAUUCAGGAUACUUCGACGUUUUUCAAGUGUGUCCUCCCAAUAUUACGCCAUCGGACACGCUAGAUUUUCCUGGAAUAGGAGGAGUGAUCUGGGGUUGUUUCUUAUGUGCACAUCCCGAGAAAGCAGUUGGGUUCUUGAGAGGUGAUACGAGACCGGUUAUAGAGGGACAGCUGAAAGAGAAGAAAGGAAAGUGGCGAUUGUUUAGGAGGUGGAGAACGAGAUAUUUUACGUUGUCUGGAGCUCAUUUAAGUUGUCGAGGAUCCAGUGGUGGUGAAUCCAUUGAUGUCAACCAGAUCCGAUCAGUGAAGGUGUCUCGCGGAGCAAGGAACAUCCCAAAAGCGUUCGAAAUAUUUACAGAAAAUCAAACCUUGAUCCUGAAACCAAAAGAUGGGAAGAACGCGGAGGAGUGGGUUCAAUGUUUAAGUAUAGUCGUCGCACACUCACAUGCGAAAGAGUUGCCUAACAAAAGUAAUUCGUUGCCUGCGAGAGGCAUCAGCUCUAGUCGAACGGUCAUGUGAAGUUUUCAAAAUUAUUAUUAUAACUGAAUUACUAAAAACUCGAAAAUUUGCCAUCAUUAAUGGUGUGGUACAUAAACGUAUUGACGGUGUGCAAUAAUAAGCUGUUUCAAACUCGGAGUAGGUUAUUGUUUUUAUAGAAAAUAAUUCAGUCGAUAUAUUUUGUUUAUUGAAAAUUGCGUCGUCAGCAAGCGUUAACUUCGAAUAUUUGUGUAACAAAAAGGAAAAGGUGUGCUGGGAAUACGUCAUUUGGAGGAGGAGUCUCAGAUGAGGAACACUAGUCUCUCUUUUCUACAAAGAAUAAUAAAUCAACUUAACACACACACUAUCGAUAUCACAGACAUUAAUGGAAUGGAUAGAGAAACGGCGACAAUAAUCGAGAUAGUAAAGACAGAAAAUAACCUUAAACAUGUGAGUCUUCAGAAAACAUAAUUUCUGCAUACAGUGAGGACAUUUAGGUUAGAAUAAAUUAAUUUUCUCGAGAAUGGGCAAUUUUGGAUUUCGAAACAGGUCGAUUUUUAUUUUUAAAUUAUGAAUUUUUGGCAUAAUAUAUAUCAUACUACUAGUGACGUCAUCCAUCUGGGAGUGAUGAAGUAAUCAAUGAAUUUUUUUAAUGAGAGUGAGGAUCGUGUAAUAGGUCAUUUUUGUAAGGUUAUUUAAUUAUCUAUUCAGUAAUAUAAAUAUUAACAUUAUUAUGUAUACAGGGUGUCCAAAACCAAUUUUUUUAAAUUAAAUUAAUUGAGACAAAAAGAAGAAUGUAUGUAAUUUACCUAAUUCAAAAUUAAUUUUACUGCUGUUAGAAAACAUAAAGAAUUGUUUAUUUGUGAAAUAAAUAUUGUUUUUCGUUAAAUACCAUGUUAAAGCUGCCACCCAUCUGCCUCUUAGCAGUUUGAACAUGUAUUUUAAACGAAAAGAUGAAAAAAUAGCUAUUUGUAUAAGGCUAUUAGGCUUUGUGAAAUAAUAGCUAUUUGUAUAACAAGGAAGGAAAAGGCACUUUACUCCCAUGUUAUACAUAUGAUUUUUCCACCUUCCUCAAAUAUCAAGUAAUUUUUUCAUUUUUAAAUAAUUUAUUUAUGUAUUUAACCGUUGAUUGAAAUAUUGAUAUGGGAAGAUCUCUCAUGCUUCACUAAAAAUUGAGGCAUUCUAUCACCGACAUUCACCGAGUAUCUCUAUCCUUCUUUCAAAAACGCGAAUACGAUCUUCUGUCUCUUACAAACUGGAAAAUUAUUGAAAAAUAGAUUCUUCGGUAGGUACUGCCCCAGUGGAUUCAUCGCAAACUAUACUGUUAGCCUGUAGUUUCCUGUUUUAUUUCGUUUACCGUUACACCUUAGACAAGGAAAGAGACUCAGCCAGCCUUUUUACACACCAGCUCUGUUGCCACAUCUAAGAAAUUUCUAGUUAGUCAUAAAAUUUAAAUGAUUCUUUCUUUGUAAAUAUUUAUAGGUCUGAAAUAUAAUAUUUCAAUGAACGGUGGUAUUUACGUUGUUUGAAACAACUUUUUUGUAGUUUGAUAUAAUGUAACUACUGUCAUUUGAUUUUUUUCAAUACCUAUGUAUUGUAUUACAUGAAUUGAUCGGAUUCCAACUUUGUGUUUAUCGUUUUAUUCAAGAGUAUAUUCAUUUAAAUCCUUGAUUGAAUUAGAAUACAUAUUGUAUAAAUAAAUAUUUCUUGUAAUUCUUAACGAAUUUCGAAACAUAAUAUGCCCACAAUAAUUAUUAUUAGUUGCUUUGCAUUACACUUAUAGAAGGCUUUUCUUGUUAUAUGUCGUCAUAUCUACCUUUAUUUAAGGGCAUAUUUUAUAUAAGGCUUUGACAAUAAAGACGGUUGGGACACCGUUUCUAAUUAACAUAUUAUGUAUCUGUUAAUUAAUUUAGUUCAGUUUUUCAAUUUUUAGUUAACGUUAUUUUUAAGAAGGGCAAGGUUAAAUUAACAAUAGAAACAAAAUACGCAUAAAAAAACAUGAACGUUGGACAAACACCUGUUUCCGAUACAUUCACAGUUAGGUCUGGAUCCCGCGUAUGAAAAAAAAGAUUAUUAAUAGCAAGCUGAAAAUUUGUUAAAAGCUUAAGGGUGUCUAGUCGGAUAAUCUUUGAUAUAUGGAAACACUGUAACAGGGGCAGUUUUAAUUGUGGAACAGGUUACAAAUUUGGAACGGUCAGACCACGAAAACGGCACAUAUAUUUUGUCCGACAGAACAGACUUAAACUCUCCGAACAGAGAUUAAACUCUCAUGCAAAAAUCAGACUGCUAUUUAUCACCUGUCAUAAUUCCUCUCAUUUGACAUAUUCUAUAUGUUCUACUCAUUAAAACGCCCAUAUUGGUGAUAAAUAGCAGUCUGAUUUUUGCAUGAGAGUUUAAUCUCUGUUCGGAGAGUUUAAGUCUGUUCUCUCGGACAAAAUACAUGUGCCGUUUUCGUGGUAUGACUGUUCCAAAUUUUUGACCUGUUUCACAAUUAAAACUUCCUCUGUUCCAGUGUUCCCAUAUAUCAAAGUUUGUCCGACUAGACACUCUUAAGCUAUUAACAAAUUUUCAGCUUGCUAUUAAUCAACUUUUUUUUCAUACGCGGGAUCCAGACCUAAGUGAUAUUAUUGUAAAGCUUUUAGAAGAAUAUAUUAAACUUUAUUGCCAUUAAACUUUAGUCCAAUUUACUGUACCUGGAUAAUUAGCGUGUAUUUUAAAUAAAAUGUUUUUAGGUGCCAUCCUUGAUUGAAAUAUAAUAUUAUACAAAGGAGUUUAAAAGGAGUAAAAAAUAAAAGUACUGUACGUGGUUUACAUUUAAUAAAUUUAUACCUACGUAUUGGAUAUUGACGUUGAUUGAAAUAACAACGGCAUUUAGUCUAGUCGCAACAUAGGGGGUCCCGUGGCACUUUUAGUUCGCCGCGAUUUGCCAAGUUGAAAAUUGCCAAUUUUUAACGGUCUCGGCAAAACCCACUUUUUACAUUCCAAAACUUUAGUUUUUAUUAGAAUAUUGUCAUUUGGUAAAUUUCUCCUAGUUUUCUGUAAAAAUAAUAAAUGUUAGUUCAUAAUAUGAAUAUGGUAUAUCUCUUCUCAUAGCUUCCAUGAAUCCAUUCCAUCCGAAAAUACCGAGAAUAUCUCUGCUUUUCCCUUACCUUAGAGCCCAGAAGAUCAGGCACAGAUGGAGUCACAGUUUCAGUUGGUGUCGAAAUUCACUUCGGAUCUUGAUUUCUGAUAAAGCUUGAGGUUUUGUCCUUUCAAAAUUUAUUAGUUGAACAGCUCUCUGACUUUCAUAAAUCUCAGGUGCACAGAAAACUACAGUGUACUAACCACUACUGUACCAACUACUUUGUACAGAAAACUAGGAGAACUUUAUCAAAUGGCAGCAUUCUAAUAAAAAAUAAAGUUUUGGAAUGUAAAAAGUGGGUUUUGCCGAGACCGUUAAAAAUUGGCAAUUUUCAACUUAUACUUUAGACCGAACAGUUCGUCUAAAAAAAAAGUAAUUAGUGAUGUUUGUAGAUAAUUUUAAGUACUUUAAUUUCUGUUAACAGACCAUUUACUAAGUUAAUAGUUUUCGAGAUUUGAGCAAAAAAGCGGAAAAAGCUGAAAUUUUUCGCAUUUUUCGCGAUUUUUUCAAUGUUCCUGCCAGAAAUUUUGUCCGCAAACCUCAUAUUCGGAUUCAGCAGCCCAAAAGCCAUAUAUAAUGAAAUAAAUCAGAACUUUCCCAGUCAAAACACAAUUUUAUUGAAUCAUAUACGCUAAAUCGCUUGUCAUUAGUCGUGAUAGCUUAAACCAGGUUCCGACUUUGUUAUUAAUAAAUUAUUGCAAAAAUAACGGUUUAUAGUACGUUUACUCACGGUUUUUGCUCUACUAGGAGUCAUCUAAAAAACCACUUGGAAUGACAUGAAAUUUGGCAUGCACGUAGCUAACAUGUCAAACAAAACAAAUGAUAUUGUGCCGAUGUGUGCUUUUACGCUGGGGGAGUGUUUCGUCCCGUUUCGGGGGUGAAAGAAGACACCUUUAAAAUAGUCCGGAAUUGGAUAAACUGAUAAAUUCUAAGCAACGUUUGUUCUAUACAGUUUUUUCACUAAUUCAAUACUUUUCGAGUUAUUUGUGAGUGAAUAUGUUCAUUUUUCAACAAAAAAACAAAUAACUCCAAAAGUAUUGACUUGGUCAAAAAACUGUAUGGAACAAAAGUUGCUUAAAAUUAAUCAGUUUAACCACUUCCGGACUUAUUUAAAAGGUUUCUUUUUUCACCCCCGAAAAGGCGUGACACUCACCCCCAGGGUAAAAGCAGACAUCGACACAAAAUCGCUUGUUUUAUCUGACAUGUUAGCCUAGUGUAUGCCAAAUUUCAUGUCAAUCCAAGUGGUUUUUUAAAAUUUAUAGCAAAAACCGUGAGUGAACGUAUUAUAAACCGUUAUUUUUGCAAUAAUUUAUUAAUAACAAAGUCGAAACGUGGUUUAAGCUAUCACGACUAGCGGCAAUUGAUUUAGCGUAUAAAAAUACUAUGAAGAAGACUACAAACUUGCUGUAGAUAGCGCAUUUCGAGCUUUUCGGCGAAUAAACUAUUAUUUUGUUAUUAACAAAAUAAGAACAUAUUUUGAGUACCUAAUCGCGACUAGUCACAUUCGAUUCAGCGACCAAAAGUACACCAGAGAAGACCUUAACACUAUCAGUUUAUUUACAGGACUUCUAAUAAUUCCUGAAAAACACCUAAUUUUACCAUAAUUUGUUAAUAACAAUUAAAAUCACCACAUUUGGGCUUCCAAAUUGCUUAUCUACUAAAAUAAGAAUACUAUAAAUUAGAUAUUGAAUGGCCAUAUUUUUACCUGUACCGAUUUAAACGAAGAAACUGCCAUUUUUGACCCUUAUUUGUUAAUAACUAAAAUUCUCGUCCGAACGGUGACGGGCAUUUUUGUAUUUAUUAUGUAUUAGGUAUAUGCAGUGCCGCGCCAGCAUGUGGUAGCGCCUGUGUGCAAGACAUUUAAUGGCGCCUAAAAUGAACAAUUAUUUAUUGUAACCAAAAAAAACUAAAAAUUCUUACACAUGCAACAAGAAAAUAAAGUAAGUUAAAAUAAUUAAAUAAAAAUAAAUCUUUGGCGUAACAGCCUAAAAAACUAAAGAUAUAGGUAGGUAAACAUGAAAUAUUUAGCAUUUUAUAAAAAAUUUAAUUUUCGCAUCUUCAGUUCGAAAAAUCUUUUUAUAAUAUGGUGAAUAUCAAUUUGAUUUAAUACUGACGACUCUAUAGGGAUGAUAGAUCAAUUUGUCAACCGUUCUUGACUGAUGGUCAAUCUUAAAUAAUUUUUUCAGUUUAGAAAAAAUCGUUCAGUAGUGGCAUCAGAUAUGGGCAGAGUGAGCAGAAUUGCGAAGAGCUAUUGUUAAAUUUGGGUAACCUGCAGUAAAUUCGUUUAAAAAUAUAAAUUUUAAAAUUUUACAAACAUCAUUCUUUAAUUCUUUUAACAAAGGCUGAAGCUGUAUAAUUUCUUCAAACAAAUCCACUCCCCCUAUAUCUAUGAAUAGAAUCUCAUUUUUUUUUACAAAUUUCUACACAACAGUUUUAAUUGUGAGUUUUCUGUAAUGUCGUUUAAAUUAUAUAGAAAAUUGAAAGAAUCAACAUGAUUCUCCAAUAUGGAAAAUCUUUCAUUUGCUGAAAUUAAUGCUUGGUCGAGAACACAAUAAAAGAAAUGAACUUUGUAUGACAUUUUAGGAUCCAACAUCUGUUCGUCUGUUUUUACGUUCGUAAGCGAACAGCCUGCUUUUAUUCCGACUCCGUAACUGUGUGGCUGGUUGAAAACUGGGCUCCGCAUCAUGGUACAAUAAAGCUUCAAUUAAGCUUGGGAAAGUUAUUGUACCAUGGCUCCGCAUCCAGUUUCUCUACAGUUUCAUUGGCUGUAGUAAUAACAUCAUUAAAUUUGCUAUCUAUUCGAAACUAGAGCGAGAAUUGUUUUAAGGGCGUAGACGUAAAAUUUCGCAUCAAUGUGUUUUAAAUGAAUUAACAAUUUUUUUCGAAUCCUGAGAAAACUAAUAAGUAUUCUUGAAAAAUUUAAACGCUGAGUGAAAGAUUACAUUAUUACCGAGGGCCGAAAGUCCAUUAGAAUAACCGAAAUGUUUCAUUUGAAUGAGAUAUUUAAAACUAAAAAUCACUUCUAUGACGUUUAUUAAAAUAAACAAAUAAACAUCAUAUAAGUUUUUAGGGACUUUCGGCCCUUGGUAAUAAUGCAAUCUUUCAUUCUGGGUUUAAAUUUUUCAAAAAUACCUAUUAGUUUUCUCAGGAUUUGAAAAAAAUUAAUGAAUUUAAAACACAUUGGAGCGAAAUUUUACCUACGCCCUUAACUCUUCUAAAGCAUUUAGCAUAUUCAUUGUUUUUGAUCGUAAACUUUUGCUGACGAAGUUAACUUUCAUCAGAACUUCAUACCAUAAAUGUGGACUGAGCAUAUAAAUGUAAAUGUUGGUAUUUUAUCUCCUAAACAUCUAGCUUGAUAUUUUGAAUCAAGAUCAAAAUCCGAAUGUGUUAUAUCACAUAAAGCAUCAUUAUUUCUGUCAAAUUGUUGUACAAUGGCUUUAAAGCAUAAAUUCUGCUGGACCGGUGGCUGCAUGUCUUUACAGGAUUUUUCUUAAUGUUGUUCUGAAACUAUUUUCUUGUGGCAUUUUUGUAAUUAACUAUUUUUGAUGGUAAAUAAGCCAAAAUUUUACUAAAAAAAUAAUAAAAUAAAAUAUUAAUAAAAUAUAUUUUUUAGUAAAAUUGUGGCUUAUUUCCCGUAAAAAAUAGUUAAUAAUUAGGAUUUUUCUUGUUUAUGCAGAUUGUAUACAUCAAUACGUAAUGUAGGCAAACUUCAAAGGCCUACUUUCCUUUGAAGUUGAGAUAUACGGAGUGGCAAGGUCGGUAAAUGGGUAAGUGUUGUUGUGACCUGCGUAAAAUUUUUGUACCAACUCUAGUGGCGCCCCUUAAUUGCUGGCGCCUGUGUGCGCCGCACACAUUGCACACGUGGACGGCGCGGCCCUGGGUAUAUGUAUAGUAUAUAGUACCCAAAAAAACCAUUUGUAACCUGGCUGCUCAAGUGUUCCGAACAUGGCAUAUUUUUGCCUUAUUUCCCUGGCGUAUAAGUAAAAGAUUUGGACUACAAGAAAAUAUAUCAAAAACUAAAUUUAUGGUCAUCAGCAAAAAUAAAAUUAGAGGCGCCCAACUGGUUAUCAAGAAUACACCAGGGGACUGAGUUAAUAUACCAGUAUACAGUAUAGUAUACAUAUCUUGGAACAAUAGUAAACGAACAAUGGGACCACUCACAAGAAAUAAAAUGUAAAAUAGAGAAGGCUCGGAAUGCAUUAAAUAACAUGGCAAAACUCUUUAAAAUCCACAACCUUAAACUGGAGAUAAAAGUAAGGCUCCUACGAUGUUAUAUCUUUUUAGUAUUAUACUACUGAGUUGAAUCCUGGACACUCACUAAAGCGAUGGAGAAAAAACUUGAAACCUUCGAGAUGUGACUAUACAGACGAAUCAUAAGGAUAUCAUGUACGGACAAGAUAACCAACGAGACCGUAUUACGAAGAAUGGGAAAAGAAAGAGAGGUGAUGUACACCAUUAAAAGGAGAAAGUUAGUAUAUAUCGUUAAAAAGUUCGAAAGUUAGUAUAACACAUAAUGAGAAACGGCACCAAAUACAGAUUACUGACGGUAAUACUUCAAGGCAAAGUAUUCGGAAACGAGAAAUUGGAAGAAGAAGAAUAUCAUGGUUAAAGAACCUGAGGAAAUGGUUCUCCACAACAACUAAUCUAUUUAAAGCAUCAGUUAAUAAAAUCAUUAGAGCCAGAAUGAUCGUCAAUAUUCUAAACGAAUAGGCACAAAAAGAAGAAGAUUCGUUUCUAUAAUCUAAGUUUAAAUCCAUUAUUGUGAAAAUAUAGUACAUAUUGUAUAGGUAAAUAUUUCCAAAGCAAAGUCUUUGGCACAUCUGGUUUUAUUUUAAUUCUAAAGCGAACCUCAGCCCGGCAAUAAAUCACCAGCCAGGACCACUACCCUUCAUAUAACGGUAUUUAAGAAAGAUGUUUGCUAGGACAUAGUCGAGUUUGUAUUGUCGCCCCCGUUAGGUAAAUUAUUCCAAUUCGAAAUUUUUGCACAAACUUACUCAAAAAGAGGUCCUUAUAACAAAUCCACAGGGUGAGAGACGGUACCAUAAUCGAAAAAUUGUUUAAACAAUAAUUUUUGUUAAACAAAUUCACAAAAAUAAUUUUUUAGAUCAUUUGGGCCAUUCUGAGCAAAAAAGGUAUAGUUUUGGAUCCCGCGUACCAAAAAAAAGUUGAUUAAUAGCAAGCUGAAAUUUGAUCAUAGCUUAAGAGUGUCUAGUCGGACAAACUUUGAUGCAUGGGAACACUGGAACAGGGGAAGUUUUAAUCGUGGAACAGGUUAAAAAUUUGGAGCGUUAGACUACGAAAACAUCCCAUCUAUUUUGUCGGACAGAACUUCCAAUUGAUUUGUUACCCUUUUAUUAAACUCUCAUGCAAAUAUCAGACUGCUAUUUAUCACCAACUGGGCAUUUUAAGUCCGACACGUAGAAUAUGUCAAAUAACAGGAAUUACGUUGAUGAUAAAUAGCAGUCUGAUUUUUGCAUUAGAGUUCAAUGAAAACGUAACAAAUCAAUUGAAAGUUCUAUCCGACAAAAUACAGUUUUCGUAGCCUGACGGUCCAAAUCUUUAACCUGAACCACUAUUAAAACUUCUCCUGUUCCAAUGUUCCCAUACAUCAAAGUUUGUCCGUCUAGACACCGUUAAGCUAUUCACACAUUUUCAGCUUGCUAUUAAUCAACUUUUUUGGUACGCGGGAUCCAGACCUAGUAACUUGUGAUUUUUCUCUAAAAUUGAUUGUUGUCGAGUUAUCCGCGAUUUAAAAUUUGAAAAAUGCGAAAAUGGCCAUUUUCAAUGUUUAAUAACUCGGUUAAAUAUAAUUAUUAGAGAGCGGAAUAUAUGUAACACAACAUUACCAAAAUAUGCGCAUAUAUAUGCAUUACUUUAACUACAAAUAUGCAGGUAUUUUUUCUAAAUUUGUCUAAAUAUGCAAAUGCAUAUUAAAAAUACUCAAAAAUAAAACAAUAUAUUAAAUAUAAACAUUUAUGUUUAAAAAAUUCAACCUACAUCUAUGUUUAAUACAUAUUUAUUUUUCACAUAAAAACAAAUGAAAUGACACAAAAACUGAUAUUAUAAUUAAAUUAAGAAUCUAAAUUAUAGUAUGAAUUUAUAAUCAAAUAUUUUUCAAAAUUUUCAACUAGCAACUUUUGCCUUCUAUCACUAAAAACGUGUUUGGACACAGAAAAAGUUCGUUCUACAUCUACUGAUGUUAUAGGACAAUAUUUAAAAAAUGAAAUGUGAAAAUGAAUGUAACUUACGAUUUUGGAACAGGCCUUGCAAAAUACUUUGUCUCCACUUAACUUUAACUCGGGAAAACACUUUAUCCAAGCGCUUUUUUGAAUGGUAGACAUAUUUAAAUUUAAUAUAUACCAAUCACUUCAAAAACACUAAAUACGAUACAACGUUUACUUUAAACAAAUGUUGGCCGGAAACUGACAAAAUAAAUAUUAGACCCUUAAAAGCAGGUAGGUACCUACGACUUGCUACGCUAAUAAAAUAAUAUUUUUCUGGGAACACCCAUAAUUGUUAAAUUCAGGUAGUAAUGGGAAAGUCCAGAUAGAUAAUAAUGAGCCAUAGAUAGAUAAAUAACGAGCUCGUUCAUAUCGAAGUUAUAAAAUUCCAACUAAGAGAGGAAAAUUUUAAACUUUUAUAUAAUUUAUUUUUAAAAUAUGCAAAAUAAAUCGUGUUUAGCUUAAAUAUGCAAUGUUGUGUUUGUUGUCUGAAAAUAGCAUCUAUAUGCACUUUGCAUAUAUUCCGCUCUCUAAUAAUUAUUAUGAAAGUCGGAAAGUGACCUAAUCAAAGUUUAAAACCCCCUCUACAAGAUCAUAAAGAAAUUUUUGUCAUUAUGUUAUUACUAAGCUGUCAUUUUUAAUUAUUAACAAUGGGCGCUAAGCGCAUAUUAGGCGGCCUUCAAUGGUGAUUGCGAAAGAGAUGCACCAUUCCAGCCGUCCAAUGGAGCAUCUCACUCGCACUCACAUUGACGGCCGCGCCGCCUCAAUACACGCUUAAAGCUCAUUGUUGAUAAUUAAAAAUAACAUCUUAGUAAUGAAAUAAUGACAAACAUUUCUUCAGGAUCUUGUAGAGGGGACUUUAAUCUUUGGGUAAUUUGGUCAGUUUCUGACUUUCAUAAUGAUUACUUUUAACCGAGUUAUUAACCCUUGAAAAUGGUUAUUUUAGCUUUUUCAAAUUUUAAAUCGCGUAUAACUCAACAACAAUCAAUUUUAGAGAAAAAUAACAAGAGACCUUUUUUGCUGAGAAUGACCCAAAGAAUCUAAAAAAAAAUUGUUCGAAGUGAAAAAAAAUAUUUUUGUGAAUUUGUUUAAAAAAAAUUUUUAAACAAUUUUCCGACCGCGGUACCGCCUGGUACCCUGUGGAUUUGUUAUAAGGAUCUCUUUUUGAGUAAAUUUGUGCAAAAUAAUCGAAAAGGAAUAAUUUACAUAACGGAGGUGACUAUACAGCUUGGACUAAUAAAUAUUUUCGAUACCGAAUAUUACCAAAACAUUUAGAAAUGGCAACGCUGUCGAUUGUAGCGUUUUGUGGUCAAAUCCAAAAAUAAUACAAGUAGAAUUUUAUACAAAUUUCUUUGUCGUUCUAAGGGUUAGAGAUUCACAUAUCUGCUCACUAGAUGGCUUUUGGCCUGCCAUCUAUGAGGCGAAUAUAGCAGAGGUUUCGUUUUCUUUCGUAACAUGAGAUAUCUUCUCCAAUACCUCAAUCAACGAUUUAACUGACAAAAUUUAUUAGAGAACUAAAACUAACAAGUAGGUACAGUAUAACUGUCAACUGUCAAAUAUAAGUCAAAUUAUUAAUGUAAACAUUGUUAAAUCAAAAUAACAAUGUACUGUUUUUACCAUUCUGAAAAAUACAGGAUGCUCUAUAAAUAAACGUUAAAAUUAGAUACUUACGUAAUAGAUAAUAGAAUAUUGUAUAGGGCGUCAAUAAGUUAUUUCAUGAAUGAAAUACCAUGACGUCACUUUUACUUUUCCUCCCUCGGGAUGAAAAGUACUUUCCCUCCCUCGGGAGGAAAAGUACGACUUUGCUCCCUACAAUCAGGUCAGGAAAAGUAUACUUUCGGUAGAGGUAGGUGGAAAACAUUGUUUCUGUUUUCUGACAGCAGUAAAAUGUAUUUUGAAUUAAAUAAAUUACAUACAUUCUUCGUUUUGUCUCAAUUAAUAUAAUUGUUUUUAAAUAUCCUGUAUAAGUAAUUAUGUUAAUGUUUAUAUUACUGAAUAGUAAUUAAAUAACCUUUCAAAUGCGCUAUAACACGACCCCUACUCUAAUUUAAAAAAACCAUCGAUUAAGUCGUCACGCCCAGACGGAUGAUGUCACUAGUAUGAUAUAUAUGCCAAAAAAUCGCAAUUUAAAAAUAAAAAUUGACCUGUUUCAGGAUUUAUGUCCAAAAUCGCCCAUUCGCGAGAAAAUUAAUUUAUUCCAACCUUAACGUCCUCACUGUAUAAUUACAGGUCGGGAUGAAACGAGUCGUUCUAUUAUGUAAGAUUAAUGUACUUAUUUUUAUAAUAGACAGAAAGAAUCUCUCUUAGUGGAAUAACACCAAACAAUGGAAAAUAAUAAUACUGACUGAUCAACUUUUCCCGAUUUCCAUUAUAGAUCACAUAUUUAUUUAAAUCAUAUCGUUAUUAUUUGGAAGUGGUUGAUAAAAUAAAGAAUGAAAUAUAUUUUACUAUUUCUUAUUUAACCGAGAAGGAUUAUGUACUUUAAUUAAAAUAUCUGCAAGUGAACAGAACAAAUCUUUCCCUUAUAUUUAGUAGAUACUGGAUCAAAACUUCAUAAACCCGUGACCGAUCAACAUGAAGUGAUCUUUCUAUUCAUAGUUCCAACUUAAACUAAACUUAUUUGACAUGUAUGGGCACAGAUGAAUCGAUUCAUAUUCUGUCUUUCACGAGCACUUUCCUAGCAUUUAUCCAUCUCAUGUAACGGAAUGGAUAAUAAUUUUGGCGAAAAUUACAUCCCAUAACUAAAUUCAUUAAAUGUGUUUAUUACAUGAAUAAUUUUAGGAAUGGUAGAAAACUCAGUAAAAAACUACACGAAUCUGCGGUUAAUUCAGUCUCCCAUUAUUUUGUCCAUGAGAUCUCUCUAUUUCAACAUCAAAUAUUUACUUCUUCUUCUUGUUGUGUAGACAUGACUGUCGGUUUUUUCAAUGCGCCUCCAGGAAGUUGUCAUUCCAUUGUUUUCGUGGUAUUCUCACUGAUCGUCUUCCUAUUCGAUACUAGAUACUCGAUAUUCGAUACUAGAUCAUCUCUCGCCGUCCUUACUACUCUAUUUGUUGUCAUUCGGCUUAUGUGGUCGUUCCUUUCUACUCUUCUAUUUUUUUAGUUUUUGGAAAGCCGAGAUGGGAGAUCCGUAGAAAGACUAAAAAAUAGGAAAAGAUGAAAUCAGGGAUGAUCUGAAGAAAAUGGGAGAGAUACAGUGGGAAAUGGUGGCACAGGACCGACAAGAAUGGAAGGCAAUAGUAAACUCUGUAAAGAUUCACGGAGUUGUAACGCCAUUGAUCAUGAAUAUACCUAAUUGCAACAGUGUUUCCCGGAAACAAAAUACAUAAACCAACUAAAAGAUUUCAAAAACCAACCUUUGCCUGUGUGACCAACUGUCACAAGCAAAAAUUACAAAUAUACGAAAGAAAGGUAGGUAAGAGGACCUAAAAGGAAAAUAGAAUUGUGAUUGUUAAAGAAAGGACAAUAUCAAUAUAUUAUAUCGAUUAAAAUCGUUUAGACUUUAAAAAGCUUACCCUGUAGUGUGUAUAUUAUAAAUAUACCCCUCAGUUUUUUUGUUAUAUUACGCCUAAUUUCAUUUACUAACUAUGAGCAAGAUGGAGCAAUGUGAGAUUAAAAAUCUGUGUAACUUCUUUACAUCUAGUGUUGACCGUACUGCAUGUCAUGAAUUUAAAGCGGUGUGCAUCUUUUUUACAUAUUCAAUCUUAUAUGGUAUAAUACUCGAUAUUUAAUCCCACUAUUACACCCUCUUGUUGGGAAUCCUGUACUAUUGUUUUUCUGUAGAAAUAUGAGUGAUUACAUAUAAAUAAAGCGAGA